AUGGCGGACCAGUGCUUCAGGCCGGCGCUCAUCGUCGUCGACUUCCAGGAGGAUUUCUGCCCACCUCAUGGCGCACUCGCCGUCGCCGGCGGCCGCGACAUUCACACCGUCGUCAACUCGCUCCUGCGUAUGCCGUUCGUGACAAAGAUAGCCACCAAGGACUGGCAUCCGCGAGACCACAUUUCGUUCGCCUCCAACCAUCAAGGCAAAGAGCCCUUCGUCGACUCCAUCGACAUUGUCAACCCGCGAAACAGCGCCGAGACGUACCCAACCCGCCUGUGGCCUGUGCAUUGUGUCCAGGGCACGUCCGGCGCGGCCUUGGUAUCGGAGCUGGACACUUCGGCUGUCGACACCAUCAUCGAGAAAGGCCAGGUGAGGGAGGUAGAGAUGUACAGCGCCUUCUAUGAUCCGUUCCGGUCACCGAGGGUCGCCGACAGCGGACUCGCGGGAACCCUCAAAGAGAAGGGCGUCACAGACGUAUUCGUGGUCGGAUUGGCCGGCGACUAUUGCGUCAAGUUCACGGCGCUGGAUGCGAGCAAGGAAGGGUUCCGGACCUUCAUUGUCGAAGAGGGAACUAAGCCGGUUGACCCAAAGAGUUGGGACGAGUGUAAGGGCGGGUUGGAGGCCAGCGGGGUCAGGAUUGUCAGUGUCGAAGGGCCGGAGGUCCGAAAGGUUGGAACGGCGGAACGGGCAUGA